UAUAGAACAAAUAUGAGUCUUUGGGGCUUAUUCGGUGGAAAUAAGAAAACCACAAAACCGAAAGGAACAAUCCAAGUUCCUCCAGCGGAGGAUCAAAAGAAACCUGAGAUACCUGUGACAGUUCAAAAUCAAGAGCCAGCUCCAGUGAUUGAGUCUAAACCACCAGCUCAGACCCAAGGAAAUAAUGAGAUGUUUGGUGGGAUGAAUAUGAGCACAAAUACGAGCCAACCGAAGCAAGAUCCAAAUGCUUAUAAUCCUCCAAACUUAUUUGCUGGAUUGAAUAUGUCUUCUUCAAUGAAUUCUGGACCUUCUCCAGCGUCGGAUACAAGUACAGGAAUUACAAUUAAGCAAGGGAGUGGGUCAUCAGUGUUUGGCUCUCAACCGCAAGGAGUGUCUCAACCUCAAGCUCAGAAUGCAACUCUAAAUUUUGGGCCAAACCAAGUAAUUCCUCCUACUCCGCAACCAAUUUCUCUGAGUGGAACUCAGCCAGGAGCCCAGCCAGGAGCCCAACCAGGAGGGCAACCCAUGGGAGUAUUCUCAAGUGAUCCAAAUUCGAUCUUCUUCGGGAUGCAGCCAAACAAGAGCUUUGAAAAUAACAAUUCUUCAGUAGAAGCUAUAAACACAUCCACAGAUUUACCUCAAACGACUAUUGAACAAACUGUAGAGAAAGAUGUUAAGGAAGAUCACUCGAAUACAGCUGAUGAUUCUUCUAAAGAAUUCGCGAACAUAUCUAGAAUUUCUCAAAAUGAACCAUCAGAUACCUACAACCCUCCCAAUCUUUUUGAAAAUCUGAAUGUUUCAAGUCCUGCUCCACCAGUGAAGGAAGAGAAGACCAAACUUGUAGAAAAACCUCCUGUUGAAAAGGUAACUCCCAAAAAGGAAGGAUUUUGGAACUCUUACAAAAAGAAAACACCAACUCAAGAGACUCCAAAGAAAGGCAAGGAGUCUCCCAAGAGUAUUCCUGAUUUUGUAGUAAAGGAAGAGAAGGUACAAACUCCUGCUAAAUCUGAAUCAGAUCGGAGCAGAGAGGAACAAAAGAAAAAUAAACACGAUACAUCAGAGAAGGAAGCUGAGAUUGAGCGCCACAUUUAUUCAAGUGAGGAAGAAGAGGAUGACUUCACUCUUGAGCAGCCUCCUGAGACAAUGGUCAAUUUUGUAAAGAGUCUCUCUGUCAACAAGAAAUUUAAAAAUUAUCAUGAGCAAACAAUUGAUGCUCUAGAGAAACAAAUGCAAAAGUGGAGAUCGCUCAAAGAGAAAAGAGAUGAAGAGAAGAAGCUUCAACAAAGAAUUAAAGAUAACGAGGAGAAACUUGAUGAGGCCUCAAGAGCAGAAGAUUUCGACACUGCAGAAGAAAUCCAAAAGCAAAUUGAUAAAGAUAUGCAGAAGAUUCAGUCAAUUACAAGAUUGAUGCUUGAUCUUGAUAAACAAAGAUUUGAGUUAGAGAAAAAGCUUGCUAAAAUUAAAGAGGAAGAAGAGCUUGAACACUCCAGAAAUAUUGAGAAACUUAUCGAGCUUGAGUCAAAGCACAGAAUGGAGGUCAACAUAUUUGAAAAGACUGAAGAGCAGAAUAUCAGUGAUAUUAAGAAAGGAAUCAGAUCAAAAGAAAUCCGCAUUCAAGAGACCGGAAAAGAUCUUGACAAGAAACUUGAAGAGACACAGAGAAAACUUGAAGAAUUCAAUGAAAAAUGUAAAGAAAAUGCGAGAGAACAUAUUGAAGAAAGAGAUGGAAUAGAGCAAGAAAUUCAACAAAUUGAUCAAGAAAUAGAAGAACUUGAGAGGAAACUUAAGGAAAAGAGAGAUGCUAAGGCAGCUUUAGAAACCAAGCGAGCAUCCACUUUAAAGGAGAUCCGGAAAGCUAAUGAAGAAUAUGAAGCAGAUAUUGACUAUUUAGAGGAAACACUUGAGAAAUAUAACAACAAGAUCACCAAGAACAACAAUAAGCAAGCUAAGCUUGAUGACCAGAAGAAAGAACUUGAAGAAAAAGAGAAGCAAGUUCAGAUCAAACUUGAAGAAUACCAAGAAAAGAUUGAUAAAAUUAAUGAGCAUAUUGAAAAUACUAAGAAAAGAGUCAGUAAAAGAGAGAAAUUUAAAUCUAAAAAGAAGAAGAUAAUCAACUACUAUGAAGAUAAGCAAGAAGAGUUCAGAGACAUAGUCACCAGGCUUGAAAAGAUUGACCUCAAAGAGCUUGAAGAGGAAGUCCAGGUCCUUGAAGAAGGACUGGAUAACUCCAUCUCGAAGCUAUCAGAUCUAGAAGCUGCUAUUGAUCAAUUGAACAGUGAUAAGAAAACUCUUGCUCAGAAAAAGAAAUUCAAGGAAGCUAAAAGAGUCAAGGAAACUCUUGAAUUGAAGAUAAAAGACCAGGAGAUGACCAAGAAGUGGAUGGAAGAAGCUACAAUCACAAAAGAAAAGGCUGAAGAGAAGAUGGUCAAAGCGAAGAAAACCCUGAAGAAGUUAGCAGCAAAGAAAUUAAACGAAGAAGAAGAACUUAGAGAAUAUGAGUUUAGAAUUCUGCUUGUCAAGAAAAAGGAACUUCAACACACAUUAGAAGAAGCAGAAGGAGUCAAAGGUUAUGAAGAUAUUUUCAAAAUCCUUGAUAAAGAGAUCAAGGAUAUGCAGGAAAGAUAUGGAUUCACUUCUACUGAGGACAGUGAUAAUGAGGAAGAGGAAAAGUCUGAAUCUGAAAAAGAGAAAUCAGACUUGGACUCAUCUAUAGCUAGUGAGAAAACUCCUGAAAAAACUUCAGAGAAGGAUGAAGAAGAGAAAGUUCAGAGUGAGUCUGAAGAAGAGCCUGAAGACAAACCAGAAUUUGACUUCACCUCAAUGUCUAAAGAAGAACUCAAUGCUGAGAAGGACAAUUUAGCCACUCUUGUAAACGACCUUGAAGAAAAGAUGAACACAGCAGCCGAAGAAGAUGACUUUGAUGAAGCUGAAAGACUUGAAGAGGAGCAGAGCAAAUGAGCUAAGAAGUUACAGGCUCUUGAGGAAUUCCUCAAAAAUUACCAGGAUGAUGUUGAAGAAACUUCUGAUAAGCAAGGUACUCCUGAGGAAGAAAAUCAAGAAGAGCCUGACCAAGUGGAUAAAGAGCAAGUGAAUGAAGAGCAAGAGGAAAGCAAAAUUGAAAAUGUAGGUGAUCUGGAAAAUAAGGAUGAUGAAGAAAGAUCUCAAAAGAGUAAAGGAGAUUCUCGCCCUGAAAAAUCCCAAGAUAGUAAUGAUGAUCAAGUAGAGAUGAGUAUUGUGAAGAAUAUUUCUGAAGCUGAAGAAACUGCUCAAACAAAUUCAACUCCGAAUUCUAUUGAGCAGAAAGAGUUUGAAGAAGAUGAAAAAGAAGGAGAGAAAUCUAAAGAAGAUGAAAAAUCUAAAGAAGAAGAGAAAUCUAAAGAAGUAGAAAAAGUUAAAGAAGAAGCUCAAGUAAAUGAACCAACAACACAAGCUCAACCAGCAGCUAUGUCUUUAGAUAUGUUUGAGAUUGGAAUGCAAAAUACCCCUCCUGUUUCUUCAGAGACUCCUUCUGACAACAAAGAGGAGCCUGAAGAAGAGUAUACUCCUCCUGUGCUUCCUAUGUAAUUUAUUGUAAAUCGUUCCAAACUCUUCU